AUGCCCAAGAGAUAUCGUAGCUUCACUGUUGAAUACAAGAUCAGUGUUGUUGAUGGCAUCGAGGCAAUGGCUCGAGCUGGGCACACUACAAUUAUCUGGAUUAGACAAAAAGCAGUUUCUCCCAGUAAAUUACUAGCCAAGCUCCUAGUGAAAUUACAGCUACCCAAAAAUGCAGCUGGGGCUGUGUUGCAGGCUUCACGCAAACUGACACCACCUAGUCGGACAGGCAUUGACGAAGAGCACGGUCAAAAAAUUGAAAAUACUGUUCUUAUGUAUAUUCUGACACCUAAUAUAAAAAAUUACCAAAUUGGUUUCAAUAUAUUGAUAGCACUUCUAUGUGUAGGUCAGGGUAGAACUGAACCUGUUCCAGUUGAAGUCAAGAACAAUAGGCAAGGUGUAGGCACUGUCAGACGGCCAAAGCAUAAGCUCACUUUGCGUGCGGUAUCGACUGUGUCAGCUGCCAAACAGGCACGUGUUGAGACAGAGGAAAGAAGGGACUUUCGUCAGAGAAUGAGUGACAAGUUUGCACUCGUCGGAACGCUUCAAGAUCUUGCCAAGAGUCAGAGAGUAUGCUAUCAGCUUGAUCAAGCAAAAGGUUUAAGUUGUGUACAGUCUUGGUUUUGGCCCCCUGAGUGUAGGCCAGGUGCCGACUCGGACAAUGAGGAUGAGGAUGAUGAUCAACCAGAUGACUUUAAACUACAGUUGGUUACGAAGCAUCUGAGAAGUACUCAUUUUUACUGUGUGUGGUGUGGAAGUGGAUAUAAAGAUACAGAGGAGAUGAUUAGUUUAUGCCCGGGAGACACAGCACGGGAUCAUGAUGAUUAGAUGGUUGCUCGCUUGUGCGAGUGUAAUGGUCGACGACCUCGUGUGAUCAAAUUGUGUUUUUAAGUGAAGACUGUUUGGAAUAGAAUUGGCACUUGCAAGGCAAGAGUACAAGAGUACCUCAUUAGAUAAACAUCUGAGUACUUUGUUUCACAUAAUUUUCUAUUCACUACAAAUAGUGUGGCAGACAACAUAGUUUACAAGGAAAGUUUCUUCGUUUACUGCUGUUGCCUUUAAUUUUUAAGUCACUGCCUAUACAGUCGUAUAUACAGUCACAAUCAGA